GCCCCGCCCCGCCCCCGCGCGCAGCCCCGCCCCGCCCUGGCUGAGUCGCCCGCCCUUCCCGCACUCGCCCAGCGUCCAGGUAGCUGCGAGGAAACUUUUGCAGCGGCUGGGUAGCGGCACGUCUCCCGCUUCUCAGGGCCACCGCCAGGCUUGUCGAGUCCCAGGACCACUCUCGAUCCCCGCUGCCAUUCUCCCGCGCUCUCCCGCUCGCUCGGCGCCCUGCACGAUGGCUGGGACCGUGCGCACCGCGUGCUUGGUGGUGGUGAUGCUGCUCAGCCUGGAGUGGCCCGGACAGGCGCAGCCCCCGCCGCCGCCUCCGGACGCCACCUGUCACCAGGUCCGCUCCUUCUUCCAGAGGCUGCAGCCCGGACUCAAGUGGGUGCCCGAGACUCCUGUGCCAGGAUCAGAUUUGCAGGUGUGUCUCCCCAAAGGCCCAACAUGCUGCUCAAGAAAAAUGGAAGAAAAGUACCAACUAACAGCACGACUGAACAUGGAACAACUGCUUCAGUCCGCAAGUAUGGAGCUCAAGUUCUUAAUUAUUCAGAAUGCUGCGGUUUUCCAAGAGGCUUUUGAAAUUGUUGUUCGCCAUGCCAAGAACUACACCAAUGCCAUGUUCAAGAACAACUAUCCAAGCCUGACCCCACAAGCUUUUGAGUUUGUGAGUGAAUUUUUCACAGACGUGUCUCUCUACAUCCUGGGUUCUGAUAUCAAUGUGGAUGACAUGGUCAAUGAAUUAUUUGACAGCCUGUUUCCAGUCAUCUAUACCCAGCUCAUGAAUCCAGGCCUUCCCGAGUCAGUCUUAGACAUUAACGAGUGCCUCCGUGGAGCAAGGCGUGACCUGAAAGUAUUUGGGAAUUUCCCCAAGCUUAUUAUGACCCAGGUUUCCAAGUCAUUGCAAGUCACUAGGAUCUUCCUCCAAGCCCUGAAUCUUGGCAUUGAAGUGAUCAACACCACUGAUCACCUGAAGUUCAGUAAGGACUGUGGCCGAAUGCUCACCAGAAUGUGGUACUGCUCUUACUGCCAGGGACUGAUGAUGGUUAAGCCUUGUGGUGGUUACUGCAAUGUGGUCAUGCAAGGCUGUAUGGCAGGUGUGGUGGAGAUUGACAAAUACUGGAGAGAAUACAUCCUGUCUCUUGAAGAACUGGUGAAUGGCAUGUACAGAAUCUAUGACAUGGAGAACGUAUUGCUUGGACUCUUUUCGACAAUCCAUGAUUCCAUCCAGUAUGUCCAGAAGAAUGGUGGAAAGCUGACCUCCACAAUUGGCAAGUUGUGUGCUCAUUCUCAACAGCGCCAGUAUAGAUCUGCUUAUUAUCCUGAAGAUCUGUUUAUUGACAAGAAGGUAUUAAAAGUUGCUCAUGUAGAACAUGAAGAAACCUUAUCCAGCCGCCGAAGGGAGCUUAUUCAGAAGUUGAAAUCUUUCAUCAACUUCUAUAGUGCUCUGCCUGGCUACGUCUGCAGCCAUAGCCCUGUGGCUGAAAAUGACACCCUUUGCUGGAAUGGACAGGAACUCGUGGAGAGAUACAGCCAAAAAGCAGCAAGGAAUGGAAUGAAAAAUCAAUUCAACCUCCAUGAACUGAAAAUGAAGGGCCCUGAGCCAGUGGUCAGUCAAAUUAUCGACAAACUGAAGCAUAUUAACCAGCUCCUGAGAACCAUGUCUGUACCCAAAGGAAGAGUUCUGGAAAAAAGCCUUGAUGAGGAAGGACUUGAGAGUGGCGACUGCGGUGAUGAUGAAGAUGAGUGCAUUGGAGGAUCCGGUGAUGGGAUGAUGAAAGUGAAGAAUCAACUCCGCUUCCUUGCAGAACUGGCUUAUGACCUGGAUGUGGAUGAAGCUCCUGGGAACAAGCAACACGUGAAUCAGAAGGACAAUGAGAUAGUGGCGUCUCACAACCGCGGGCAUGCGCAUUCCCCACUGGAGGUGCUCACCCUUGUGGCCAUCUAUGUGCUGUGCUUUUUCUUCCUGGCGCACUGAUUUCCUGGUGCCCAGCACAUGUGCUGCCCUUCAGCACCCUGUGGUGUUCCUCCAAAAAGGGAACGACCUACUUUUUUUUUUUUUUUCUAUUUUUGUAUCUCUUAUACCUCCUCCAGCCAUUAAGUAGAGGACUAAUCAUGUGUUACGUUUUCGAAAAUUGAAUGGUAUCUUUAUGAGGAGGGUACCUUUUAGUGGUAGUAUAGAUUGUCCUUUUACAAAAAAAAAAAAAGUGCCAAAUUAUUUUCUUAUGUUUGGCUGCUACCAUGUCUCUUUCUCUUUCCCUUUGCAUGGAUUUCUUUGGGAAAAAAAAAAAACAACUAAACAAACAAAAAAUAAAUAAAUAAAUACUCAAAUAAAAA